CGUAUGUGUUUAGCUCAAUUUAAUAAGUCUUGACCCUGUGGAUAGUUCACUCUCCCCUGGUUCAAUCAUGGGAUCUUCCAGGAGAACUAUACAUAUUUGUUUAAGGUGGAUGUGGUACCACAGAAACUACAUCAUCAUCGUGGUCCUUCCGCUGGCACUGCUUCCUCUGCCACUCGUCAUCCCUACACAGGAAGCCAAAUGUGGUUAUGCGAUCAUCCUCAUGGCUCUGUACUGGUGCACAGAGUGCAUGCCUCUGGCCGUGACCGCACUGCUGCCGGUCGUCCUCUUCCCUAUGAUGGGCAUCAUGAAGGCUGCAGAUGUCAGUAUUGAGUAUCUGAAAGACUCUAACAUGCUGUUCAUUGGGGGCCUGUUGGUGGCCAUCGCUGUGGAGCAAUGGAGCCUUCAUACCCGCAUCGCUCUCCGAGUGUUGCUGCUGGUCGGCGUCCGUCCCGCCCUGUUGAUGAUGGGCUUCAUGAUCGUCUCGUCCUUCCUGUCAAUGUGGAUCAGUAACUCGGCCACCACGGCCAUGAUGCUGCCCAUCGCCUCGGCCGUGCUGCAGCAGCUGAAGGCCACCGAGACCCAGGCGGACGAGCGGGACUUCCAGGCCGCAGCUCAGGACAACCAGGCGUUUGAGCUUGAGAUUAGUAAAAGUAAACAGGAGAUGAGUGAAGAGAAACACCCUGACACCAAGGCUCAGCUGGACAAUGGACAGUGUGAAAAUGGCUUGAGUGCAGAGUCACUGCAGGACUCCAAGAGAAGAGUGAUGGAUGAGAAGUACACUCUCCUGACCAAAGGGAUGAGUCUGAGUGUGUGUUACGCUGCCAGCAUCGGAGGAACGGCUACACUCACCGGCACGACCCCUAACAUCAUCCUUAAGGGUCAAAUCGACAAGCUCUUCCCUGGGAACGGGGAUGUGAUCAACUUUGCCAGCUGGUUUGGCUUUGCUUUCCCCAACGCGCUGAUCAUGCUGGUGCUGGCAUACUUCUGGCUUCUGUUUAUGUUCCUGGGGUUCAACCUGAAGAAGUCAUUUGGCUGCGGUGUGAAUAACGACAGAGACAAGGAGGCGUACAAGGUGAUGAGGCAGGAGUACAAGAAGCUGGGCAGCGUGAGGUUUGCUGAGUGGGCCGUGCUCAUCAUCUUCGUCCUGCUGGUGGUCCUGUGGUUCAGCCGGGAGCCGGGCUUCAUCGACGGCUGGGCAACUGUGCUCUUCAAUAAAGGGGGACCGUUUGUGUCAGAUGGAACCGUCGCCAUCUUUAUGUCGAUGCUCUUCUUCAUCAUCCCCUCCCAGAGGCCUCGGUGUGGAGGCUACGGUACCGACGAAAAUGGUCAGACGGUGAAUAGCCCCCCAACUCUGCUGAGCUGGCAGGUUGUCCACGAGCGAAUGCCCUGGAACAUCAUCCUGCUGCUGGGAGGAGGCUUCGCUCUGGCUGCUGGCAGCGAGGAGUCGGGUCUGUCCAAGUGGCUGGGAGACUGCUUGGCCCCUCUGGAGCAAAUACCACCUUUCGCCAUCUCGCUGGUGCUCAGCCUGCUGGUGGCCACGUUCACCGAGUGCUCCAGCAACACGGCCACCACCACCCUGUUCCUGCCCAUCCUGGCCUCCAUGGCCGUAGCUAUUAAGAUUCACCCGCUGUACGUGAUGCUGCCCUGCACCAUCGCCGCCUCCCUGGCCUUCAUGCUGCCGGUCGCCACCCCCCCCAACGCCAUCGCCUUCGCUUUUGGAAAACUCAAAGUCAUAGACAUGGUGAAAGCCGGCUUCAUGCUGAACAUCAUCGGGAUUUUAUCUGUUAAUUUAGGCGUCAACACCUGGGGAUAUGCCAUGUUUGACAUGGGAAACAUUCCUCAUUGGGUCAACAUUACAAAUAGUAAACCUUGAGUACUGAACAGCUGAAAACAGCAACGUUUUCAAAAGUGUUUCUUUAUAAUAGUGUAAAUUAUUGAUUCAACGAGAAAAAAGAGAAAAAGCAGCAUAAGCUUUGAUUAUUACAGAAGGAAAGUACAAGAAGAGCAAAUCAAAGGUUGUUUACAGUUUAUGUGGUAAAGAAAAAAAGGUUUAAAGAUUAUCUAAAGAAAAAUAAUAUUUAGACCAAGUUUAACCUAACAGUUAUGCACCACACACUUUUACACAGGUUUACGACUAUAAAACACGACCUUGGUGAAGAGCAAAACGGUGAUUGAUUUACAAAAAGAGAGAUAACAGAGAUAAGAUUGAAGCUCUAUCGACUCUGAGGUCUAUUAUUAGACAGACUCUCCCCUCUAGUACUUCCUCGUGUCAGGACAAAUGAAGUGUUCAUUAGGAAAAAUAACUGAGGUCACUUGUAUUGUACACAGUUCCCUGAAUGUGACGUCAUAUUAUUGAUCUAUUUAUCACUCACAAAUGAUGCAAAGAUGCAGUACACUGUGUGUUUGAUUGAUUCUUUCAAAUGUAAUUAUUCUGAGUGAUGUUUACAGACGAUAUGUAAAUGAGAUGAAUUAAUUGUAUCAGUAGAUUUAACUUAUUACUGUAGUUCUUUUGUUGGACCCUAAAGUCUUGGUUUUCUGUUGCACUUUUAUUUUUUAUCAGUGUUUUUGUCACACUGACUGUAUGUGAACAAGCAUUAACUGUACAUUUCUUAAUGUUCUGUGAUUAUUUGUAUUCCUCCAAGGGAAAAUAAA